UGGUGAUGCAAUGUUUACCAGCCUUGGGAUAACCCGGUGGUGACGCAGCUCUGACGUCACGGAUUGGUACCUUCCAUCUUUGCUAGUGUGUGCUGUCUGGUGUCGGUCUGGGUCGGUUUUCCGCCCAAAACUGACCCAAACAUGGAAGGCAUCGUGUUCCCCGAAGAGAGGGAGGUUAUCCGGAUCAAAGUGAAGAAAUGCGAGGGUCUGAUGCAGCCAGAGUACAGGAAGUUUGCUGUGGACCCACAGAUUACAUCAUAUGAGGUGCUUCGGCAUACCCUCAGGAGAGCCUUCCAUCUACAGAGUGACUUUACCAUCAGCUACCUAUCCCAUGACUCGGAGGGGCAGGAGGUGUGGCUGUCGCUGCUGUCGGACUGGGACCUGGACGCCGCGUUUAUCUCCUCCUCGCACCCAUACCUCCGCCUCAGGGUCGACGCUCGCCCGUUCGAGGAUGGCCCGAUGCCCAAUAACAUGAAAGUGAAGCUGAAGCGAAGGUUUUCCUUGAUGCCCAAGUCCAAACCAUCCAUUGUUGAGUUCACGGGGCACAAAGCCCUUGAUGACUGGGACAUCAUAUCAUCCAAGGACACCCCAGAGCCCGUACCCCACCCUGUGGUUCCCAAUGCUCCAAACAACCGACAGAAACCCUCGACCCAGCCUCUCCGCCGUUCUCUCUUCAGCUCAGUCCAGACCACGCUCACGCGCAUGACACAAGUCCUCUCCUUCAACGACACCAAGGAGGAGGAAGACGAGAAGCCAAUGAAACCUGCUCUCUCUGACACCGAGUUCCACUCCUUCCUGGAUGAGGCGGGCCGGUUGAUUCGCCCGGAGGACUUGAGACUGAGAAUAUACCAUGGCGGGGUGGAUCCUGCGCUGCGGAAGGUCGUGUGGAGACACCUGCUGAACGUGUACCCCGCGGGGAUGGGUGGGAAGGAGCGGAUGGACUACAUGAAACGGAAAGCAAACGAGUACCUCAAGCUGAAGGCUAAGUUCUUGGCCCAGGACACAGAGGAGGCGCAGUUUGUGAAAAACAUGGUCAAAAAGGACGUGCUGAGAACUGACCGCACGCUGGACUUCUUCGCCGUGCCGGAUGAACACCCCAACAUCACAGCUCUCUCCAACAUCCUGACCACGUUUGCCCUGACCCACCCCGACGUCUCGUACUGCCAGGGCAUGAGCGACUUCGCCUCGCCGCUCCUGGUGACCAUGCGGGACGAGGCGCAGGCCUACGUCUGCUUCUGCGCACUGAUGAACCGCAUCAAGCCCAACUUCAUGCUGGACGGGGAAGCCAUGACGCACAAGUUCCAGCACCUGACAGAGCUCAUGCACUGCGUCGCCCCAGAGUUCACAGAAUAUCUUUACAAGCAGCAGGCAGAGGAUCUGUUCUUCUGCUACCGCUGGAUGCUGCUGGAGCUGAAGCGGGAGUUUGCCUACUACGACGCCCUGAGGAUGCUGGAGGUGAUGUGGAGCUCCCUGCCGCCCAGCCCGCCACAGAAGGACCUGGAGCUCAUCGACAACGUCGCGAUCAUGGCCAACCUCUCCAUACCCAGGUACCCCUACAACGAGGCCGACAGGCGGCAGAAGGGUCGCAGGUCGUCCAGCUCGUCCAAUCAGAGCAUCAGCCCCAAGUCUCGCGAGCACAGGGUGCCCAACAGGAAAAGCCGACGGAGGACGUCGUCCAACUCGGACAAGGAAGACGGAAACCACAACAGCAUGGUGGACGGACGGGGAAGCCGCUUGCCAUCGAAGGACGCCGAGCCCAAACCCACGAACAGAACAACACAACAGAUUACCCACGGUGGCUCGUCCUCUACACAUAACAAUGGUAAGAGCGCACUCGUUCCCAAUGGGCCUAAAGCAGCCAUACCUAACGGAGAACUGCCCAGCCCCGCCCGCAGCCCGAUGGUCUUCAAGAAACAGCUGAACGGCCUGUCCAUGUCGUCGCUGCCCCCGCCGGACAAGUUUGGUUACGGGAAUCCGUUCAUGCUGUUCCUGUGUCUGACCAUCCUGCUGCAGCACCAGGACAUCAUAAUGCGGGAACAGAUGGACUACAACGACAUCGCCAUGCACUUCGACAAGCACGUGCGCAAGCACAACGUCAACAAGGUGCUGAACAAGGCACGGACUCUGUUCGCCGAGUACUUAAAGGCACAACUACAGAAAUCUGCAUCAAGUAACGGCAGCGGACCUAACCAGUGCUAAACCGCCCUACUAACCAACAUCUUACUACUACUGGUCUGCAUGUGUUAGAAGCAUAAGUACCUGUUGUUAAGUAGUCAGAGUCUCUUCACCACUAAUCAUGUGUCAAUCCCUGUAUGUCUGUUUUAUGCAGAAAAAUAGCUGACAAGGAAAAAUAGUCCUCUACAGCAGUUCUAAUUGUGUGCACACUGCACACAGAUAUUGGUCAGUACAUAAUCCAGAGGUACAAAAUAGCAAUGGCAAAGGGCCAUAUAAUAGUAAUCACAUGUUAAUAUUCAACAUGAUGACAAUAUCUCAGUUGCCAUACUGUUGUCAGUUGUGGGGAAAAAAGCACAAUAAUCUACAAAUUGUUCUUGUGUGAGAGAGGUUGUUCCAAUCAUUUACCUUUAGGAAAGUUUUAACUAAAAUGAAAAUUGGUUAGCCAUUGAGGUUCGGAUUCUCCCCAGAAAAAAUGUUGUGAAGCUAUAAGUAUUGAAGUCUGGGAGCCAUCCAUUUUGUACCUGGGGUUAGCGAGUGCAAGGAGCCUUGUGGAUUGUAUCCAGGCUAUAUUGAACAUAUUUUUGCAUGAUGAAUGCUACAUAAAUCAGUCCUCUGCAGUCUUUGCCAAGUGGGUCCAUGUCUAAUUUUAUGGACCUGUGGCAUCGGAGACAUAAAACUAGUAGCUAAUACUAUGCUGAUAGGAGCAGUAGUAUGCAUGCCCAGAACAUAGUGAAGACAAAACAAUGUUGUCUGCUCAGUGUGUGGGGAUCUGUGACUCACAGUAGUUUGCUUGGCAUGUUGGCAGAAUGUACCGGGCCUGCGCAAAACUCUUGUUUAAGGUCAUAUUUGCGUGUUUAAGAAUGACAUCUCGUCUUCAUCAGGAAAGAUGUCUGCAACAGGCAAAAUUCUGAUGCAAUAUUGAGUAAACAUCUAACGAAAACUGAGAAGUCCUGGUUUUGUGCAGGCGUAGUGUAUUCUGCUGACGUGCUACUUGGCUUCAUUUUGCUUUGGAUAUGUGCGCCACCUAGUGAGUCACAAGAAUACUGCACAAGGAACUUCUAGAUGAGGUGGAACCAUUGAGGUAUAAUCAGUGUGUUUGAGUAAAACAAUAGCCUAGGGGUGGACACUAGGAUCCAAUUGUGCAACCUACACUCUAGUCAUGUACAAAACUACUUGUAGCUAGCAUGGGAGCAAGUGGAAGGAGCCCUAUUACAAAUUGGAGAGCAACCCAGGCAACCUAGAUGCAUAAGUCUAGCUGUAUCACACUGUCUAGCUGUAUAUGUCUAAGCAAUCUGACACCAAAGUGCCAAUAUUAAGGAAAUGUGCAUUUUAAACAUUGAGCAUGAUCAAAAAUGUUAUAUUCUAUGUCCCAAGUCUUAGAUCUUGGUACAGUGGUAAGGAGACACGUAUGGCGCAAAUUAGUCGGUUUGCUGUUAGUUGUUGCGCUUAAAUUAUCUGGCUACAACAACCGAUAAGAAUGUAAUAUUAGGAAGUAAUUUAUUGUAAAUACUGUGCAACAUUCCGGGCAAUGUGCUGUGUAGCCAUAAGUCAAUUGGAAAGACAAAAAUAUGGUACGUAUAAUACACAGAAUCUGAUGUUGUUACAAUACAUACACUUUCCAUUGCAUUACUCAAAAAUAUUUCAAAUCAUGUUCAUUGGAAAUCAUUUUUUGGGGAUAACGUUACAUUCAAGUAAGAUUUGGGUUUGGGUAGGUGUUAUAAAUGUUGAUAAUUCUAGUAUAAGUUAUGUUGUAUAUAUGUAUGUAAUGAUAAAGGUGAGAUUGUUGCAGGUUUAGGGACAUGUGCUUGUGAUUUUAGUGUACAUAAUAUAUAUUAAGUCAGGCAAUCCUACAUGUAAACUAUUCUACAAAGAGUCAUUUUAAAGGGGAUCAGAAUUGUAAGAACUAUACUUUUACUGAAAAGUACCCAAGCCAUGAUAGCAGACAAUGUCAGAUAUAAUCCAGGGUCAACUGUUCAUUCAAUAAAGCUGGAAUGAUC